AUGGAGCCGGAAGCGCUCAACAAGCUCAUCCAGAAGGAGGGGACCGUCUACGAUUCGGUGACUCCUGACUUCGCAGAAUGGGUCGCCUCCGGCGCGCUGGACGAAGCGUCGUCCGAGGUGCUGCAGCGCUUCGAGGGCAUGAACUCCGUCGAGCGCUGCGAUUUCAUACGGGACAAUGAGCUCGUCUCCAGAGUGCUGCUCAACUCCACAUAUGCCACGGGCCCGGGUCUGCUGCGGUGCUACUCGCUGGAGAGACUCUGCGACGCCUGCAGGGUGGACGCCUCAACCUACGCGUUCCUGCUCAACACACUCAAUGAUCGCGAUGUUUUCGAGAUCUACUAUGACAUCGCUACCCACGACAGCGACAGGAAGAUAAUCGAGAAGACCAUGUUCCUGCUCUCCGGGUUACUUGCGUGCGGGAAGGGCAGAUUCACCCUCGACCAGGCGAUCAGCCUUUUGCGGUCGAUCCUUGCCAGCAACACCGACGCAGCGCCCAAACUCUACGCCAUCGCAAACCUGAUUGAGGAGGAGAGCUUCCGCGAUUCCGUGUUCCAGGAGACUGCCCUGAUCGAGCUGAUCGGAAGAUGCCUGAAGAGGGAAGCCGCGCCAAACGCGCAGUACAAGGCGGCCUACUGCCUCUGGCAGUUCUCUCGCAGCCCAAAGUACGUCGAUGCCAUGUACGAUAAGGGUCUUGUGCAUGCGCUGUGCGACCUCUUUUGCUCCACCAAGAUCGAGAAGAUCGUCCGCGUCUGCCUGCUGCUGCUGAAAAACCUCUUCAAAAACACACGAUGCCUCGAGCUCAUCAUCGAGAAAAACGUCUCGCAGACUCUCACGCUGCUGGAGUACGACAAGUGGCGCGACGUCGAGCUCUACGACAACAUCCAGCAGCUCCACGCGUCCCUCGAGAGCAAGACCACGAAGAUCAGCAACUUCGAGAGGUACGUCCUGGAGGUCGACACCGGAGCGCUGAAGUGGUCCGUGCUGCACUCCGAGAAGUUCUGGGCCGUCCAUUUCGACAAAUUCGAGGACGACGAGUUCAGCGUCAUCUCUAAGCUGGUCAAGCUGCUCUACGCCUCCGAGGACCCUACCACCAUCGCUGUGGCGUGCUUUGAUCUGGGAGAGUUCGCCCGGCUGUACCACAACGGCAAGACCAUCUGCCAAAAGUUCCGCGUCAAGGACCGCGUCAUGGAACUCAUCGGGAGCCGCGACCGAGAGGUCGCGAGGGAGGCCAUGCUCUGCGCUCAAAAGCUCAUGGUGCAGAAAUGGCAGCAGGUGUGGACCUCCUGA